GGCAGACUCAGUCACUAUUCUCACACGCAACGACCAUCCCGGUUCUUACCAGCCAAAUGGGAACGAAGGCAGGCAUACGAUCGGUUCAGGCGCCCCCACAUCCGUCAUCGCCAUUUCGGUCCCGCAGCAAGUCGCUGAUGAGGCAUGAUGAGGACAUUCGGUGUGUCAUAUCCACGGCACUAUUUUUCGCCGUCUUCGUCAUCACUUGGCAAACUUUCACGUCGCCAUUCACAGGUGGUUUACUUCCAUUCGUAGCAUGGCUCGCAUUGUUCCAGCUUUCCUUCAUGGGCGCUGUUACAACGCACAAUGCUAUUCACUUGCCUAUCUUUUGGCAUAAGGAGUGGAACAACUUCUACCAGAUUUGCUUGUCUCUCCAGUAUGGUGGCGCUGUGUCCAUCUUCAUACCAGGUCACAACUUGUCUCACCACAAGUAUCCCCAACAAGCGAGAGACGUUAUGCGUACUACCAAAGUUAGAUAUAACUGGAACCUCUUGAACGGACUACUCUUCUUUUGGCACGUUGUUCUCUCAGGAAACAAGGAUGACAAGCUGUAUUUCAAGGCUCAAGCCCGUCUCAACCGACCUAUUGCAAAGCAGCGCCGGAUGGAAGAGGUUGCCGUCUGGAGCGCGACAGUAGUGCUUGUUCUACUAGAUUGGCGUCGAUGGAUCUGGUUCGCGCUGCUGCCGCAAUUUUACGCCAAAUACUGCAUCCUCUCAUUGAAUUUCCUUCAACACGACGGGUGCGAUAUGAGCUCCAAGUACAACUUCGCGCGCAAUUUUACUGGUCGGACGCUUAAUUACUUCUGCUUUAACAACGGAUUCCACACGGUUCAUCAUCUGCACCCCGGGCUGCACUGGUCCACCCUGCCGCAGAAGCAUCAGGAGCUCAUCGCACCUCACAUUGCGCCGAGCUUGGAGAUCUCGGACAUGUUACUCUACAUUUGGCGAUGCUUUAUCUAUCCGGGCCAUCGGCUGGACUAUAAGGGCCAUCGCCUCCUGAUCUCCAAAGAAGAAAAUGAGAUGCCGGACGAACCAUGGUUCUACAACGGGUCGGAAACCUACUCGGAUACUCAGGAGUAUCUUGCCUAUAGUAUAAGAUAAGUAAGAUAGGAAAGAACACUAGACUCGAGUUGAUCUUAUUAGUGCGUUUAUAGUAUUAGAUAAAGGUUAUAACUAACGUUAUAAGUUGAGCUAUAAUGUAUAAGGCAGACUUUACGCAUAGAAGAGCAGGCUAGUGUAAGGGAGUAACUAAAGGCAAUAGUACUUGCUUUACGUUAUAAAGGAUAGUAAGAGAUAGCUAGUAUAUUAAUGUGAGGAGCAGUUUAGCAGGCACUAAGAUAUCGGUAUAGGCUUGUAUUGAGACGAAUCCUUAAGGAGCUAUCAAGCCUCUUAGAAGGAUAAUAUAUAUCUACGUUACGUGAUCGUAGCUAGUGUGGGCCGACGGUGCCCUAAAGGGUUCCCGGUGGCUUACUAGUCUGUAGCUAGAAUCCUGU